GUGUAAGCCCGUGCCUGCGGUUGUUUUAAACAAACAUGGAGGAAAAAGAGAGAGACAGACGAAGUAGGACAUUACAUCGUCAAGAAAAAGACUCCGCUUCCAACUCUGGUGCCUCAUCGGGUCCACGGGAUGAUGACACGUUAAAAAUAGACGUUUGUUCUGAAAGGUUUGACCCCCUUUUGGCCUUAUACUCGACCACGGUGCCGCUACCGUUUCCAAACAUAAAAUGUUUCAACAACAUCGCCGAGUACGAAAGUUUCCUGAAGGGGGGCCGUGGUAGAGCCAAGCCCGAGAAUGUGGAGAAAAGGCGGAUUAAGGCACUGAGAGGAGUCGCAGACCCGGAGCGCAUAGAGAGGCUCAAGAAGCUCAUGGUGAACAAGAAGUCAUUGGAGGAGGAGGAGGAGGAGGAGGAGGGAGGAAGCAGCAGCAGCAGCCGCGCGCAGCAGUCACGGAGACGCAAGCCUCAGAAAAAUGUGCUGACUAGGAUGACGUUAUGCAAAGGCAGUCCUUUGGGAGAACUGCAUAGAUGUGUGGAGCAGAGAAUAAGAGUCAAAGUUCACAUCAGGACCUUCAAAGGACUGAGGGGUGUGUGCUCUGGCUUUGUUGUGGCCUUUGACAAGUUCUGGAAUUUGGCCAUGGUGGACGUUGAUGAGACGUACAGAGAGCCUCUUCUCGGAAAGGCGUUGUACCAUGAGAAGGCCCUCACUAUUUCACGGCUCUUUGAGAAGCUGAAGCUGCAGGAGAGCUCAGGAGGUGAAGGAGCAACAACAAAACACCGCGUCCAGGUAGAAAGCGGCCCUGCCAGGCACCGAAGUGACGACAAGUCAUCAGAGGUACCAAAGGGCACCAAGGCAGGUCAGGAGAAAGAGUGCAGAGCGUAUGGCAAGGUCCACACUCGCCACAUCAAUCAGCUAUUUAUCAGGGGAGAGAAUGUUCUCCUGGUCAACCCUCAACCACUCUGACAGUCCCUGACUGCAUUUGUGUGGGUGUUUUAUGUGCUACUUCAUCUUGCACUUUACCAUC